AUUUGAUUUUUUUGCCAAGUCCAACGUCGCGCGAGGCGAGGCGAGGCGAGGCGAGAGGAGGAGUGGAGACCACCGCCGCCGCGGCGCGCGCGCGCUCGGAGAUCUCGCCGCGGUAGCGCAGCGCGGGUGCCGUGCCCUGAUCCGUCCGUGCGAUGAAAGAGCCCGCGCAGGUGAGGACGGCGCGGGGCGGCGCGGCGGAUGGGGUGGAGGUGGGGGUGGAGGAGGAGGAGGAGCCGCCGCGAUCGGCGACGGUGAAGCAGGAGGAGGCGAACGCGGUGCUCGGGGCGGAGGGGUCCCGCCCGUUCGCCAUGCGGGAGCUCAAGGAGGACCACGAGGUCGCGGCCGGGAGCGGCGUGAAGGCGGCGUCUGGGGAGAGGAACGGGAUCGGAUCGGCGGAUGCCCAGGGUUCGUCGUACAGCCAAGAGAGUAUGCAGCAGUUUUCAUCCCAUCAUGAUGUUGCAAUGGACUUAAUAAAUAGUGUCACUGGAGUUGACGAGGAAGGCCGUUCUCGCCAGAGGAUUCUUUCUUUUGCUGCCAAAAGAUACAUAAGCGCAAUAGAAAGAAAUCAUGAUGACCCUGAUGCAUAUUAUAAUUGGGCCCUUGUUCUCCAGGAGAGUGCAGACAAUGUAGAUCCAAAUUCUAGUUCGUCCAAAGAUGCAUUGCUUGAGGAGGCUUGCAAAAAGUAUGCUGAAGCUACCCGUCUUUGCCCAACUCUUUAUGAUGCAUAUUAUAACUGGGCUAUUGCUAUUGCUGAUCGGGCUAAAAUGCGAGGUCGUACUAAAGAAGCUGAAGAGCUCUGGAAGCAGGCAAUACUGAAUUAUGAGAAGGCUGUCCAGCUAAAUUGGAAUAGUCCGCAGGCUCUUAAUAAUUGGGGUCUUGGACUACAGGAACUGAGUGCAAUUGUUCCGGCUCGUGAGAAGCAAACCAUCAUAAAAACAGCUAUAAGUAAGUUUCGAGCUGCAAUUCAACUGCAAUUUGAUUUCCAUCGGGCAAUAUACAAUCUUGGGACAGUCUUGUAUGGUUUAGCUGAGGAUACAAUGAGGUCUGGGAAGCCAGGUGUGUCCGCUAGCGAGUUUUACAGUCAGUCUGCUAUCUAUGUUGCAGCUGCCCAUGCACUGAAGCCAAAUUACUCGGUCUACCGCAGUGCUUUGCGAUUAGUCCGUUCAAUGCUGCCUUUGCCAUAUCUCAAAGUGGGAUAUUUGAUUGCUCCUCCAGAAAAUAGUGCCAUUGCACCACACAAAGAAUGGGAGAGGUCACAGUUUGUUUUGAACCAUGAAGAACUCCAGCAGGUCAAUGCCUCUGACCAGCCUCCAUCACAAUCACCUGGGCAUGUGGACAGCGGCAGAAAGCUUUUCAGGAUAGUUGUUGCAGACAUUGUUUCUGUGUCAGCAUGCGCUGAUCUAACCCUGCCACCCGGUGCUGGCCUUCGCAUCGAUACUAUUCAUGGCCCUAGAUUCUUGGUUGCUGAUAACUGGGAGACCAUUGACAGUUGGCUAGACGCUAUACGCCUAGUCUACACCAUAUUUGCAAGAGGGAGGAGUGAUGUCCUUGCUGGGAUUAUUACUGGCUGAUGGCUCGCUGCUAGUGAAAAACUGCCAACAAGUAUAGGCCAAGAGACUGUAGGAGUAUGUCCCGGAAUCAGAUAGAAGUAUCAUAGAACUCAUGGUUUUAGUAGGCGUAAGAGCAGAUGUUAUUUGUAACCCAUUUAUGGACUGGUAGGUCAUAGGCCAAUUUUCCUUUGUACUGUGGCGUUGUGUCGUCAUGGUACAUAUGAUGUGAUAUAAGAAAUAAAAACCGUAAUAUCCUCUCUAGCCUGUGAAUAAAGAUGCAACGGCUUGUGGCAGGCGAGUAGGUUGUGUGAACUGCUGUCCUAUCUCCCUCUCAAAGAAGGAAUAAAAUGUUUCCCCUAUCUGUUUUUCAGCCUUCAAA